AUGAAUUCGUUUUCACGUGUUCCUCCUGGCUUUCGGUUCCAUCCAACUGAUGAAGAACUUGUAGAUUAUUACCUCAGGAAGAAAAUCACUUCAACAAGGAUUGACCUAGAUGUUAUUAAAGAGGUGGACCUCUACAAGAUUGAACCUUGGGAUCUUCAAGAAAUAUGCAGAAUAGGGAGAGAAGAAGAAGAUGAAUGGUACUUCUUCAGCCACAAAGAUAAAAAAUAUCCAAGUGGUACAAGAACCAAUAGAGCCACAACAGCAGGAUUCUGGAAAGCAACAGGAAGAGACAAGGCUGUAUAUUCCAAGCAUGACUUGAUUGGCAUGAGGAAGACCUUGGUUUUUUACAAAGGAAGGGCUCCUCAUGGUCUCAAAUCUGAUUGGAUUAUGCAUGAAUAUCGACUUGAGACUGAUCCAAAUGGUGCCCAUCAGGAAGAAGGAUGGGUGGUGUGUAGAGUUUUCAAGAAGAAAAUGUCAAGCACAAGGAAAGAAAGUGAGCAGGAGUCACCAAAUUGGUACGACAAUAAUAAUGAUCAAGUUUCAUUGAUGCCAAAGAUUGACUCCUCAAAGAAACAACAUAAUUACCCUUGCAAGAAGGAAUACCAAAUCCCAAUCCCAUUUCAUCACCAACAACUUCCUCUUUUACAAAGUCCUAAACUUCUUCCAUCCACCUCAAUUUCAGUGUUUGGAAUUAACGUUUUUAACAAUAAUACCUCUAAUUUGCAACAGUCUGUCUCCGUUCUCACACGAGAACAAGUUGUUGAUCAAGUGACCGAUUGGCGAGUGCUCGAUAAAUUUGUAGCUUCUCAACUUAGCCAAGAGGAGGUAGUCUCUAAGGAAAAUGAUUAUGCAAACACCUUACAUGGUGCUACCGAUGAAUCGAAUUUGAACAAACAAGAAACAGUCACUGAAAAUAACUCCACUGCAUCGUCCUCAUGUUUUCAGAUUGACCUGUGGAAGUGA